GUAGUGCUUUCUACUACUUUUUUACUCGACGCUGCAGUUAGACGCAUCACUACCCAGAAUGCAUUGUGAAACGCGGUUGCUGAGGAACGUGUGGCUGUUGGUUUGGUGAGAUGCCUGAUGAUCCAGGUGUCAUUCCUCAGUCCAUGAUGGAAGCUCUUGAGCUGUUCUGCAACUUACCGGAGCAGUCCUACGAGCAGUUCCUGUCCACUUUCACGCACCUGAGCACAGAGAAGGUGACUGCUGAUUGUCCGAUGGUCCCUGAAGAAGAAAAUAAAACCUGUCUUGUAAAGUUGAACAACAGAGACGGUGUGAACAUGGACAGAAAGACAGAGGCAGAGCUAGCGACUGAAGGAUUACAUAACACGGAAGAUGUACAUGUGCUUCCUGGAGAGGUUGAGGAAGAUUUGCCUGCCUACACUCCUGCUUAUUGUCACCGCACACAGCUUGAGCUUUCUUCUACUGAUAUGGACCAUUGGACACACACUCCACCAAGCAAUACAGAGAGCCAGAUAUGCCGAGCUACAACAUCAUUUACUCUCCCCAGAGCGAAAGCGAGGACGCUGUGCCUUUCAGUCUGGAUGACACCUUUGAUUAUGACAAUGUCGCACUGUCUCACAAGUAUCCUGUCAAAUCCAGCACCGGUGGAUCAUCAUGACCUGAACAUCAUGUUCACAAACAGAGCUGAAACAGAAGUGCAAUGGGUUAAGGGUGAUCUAACACCUGAAGGAGUAAGAACCCUAAUGAAAUUUACUCUUCUCAUCAACUAAUGCAGCACAAAUCCAUUUUCGGCCAAGAGGGAUGGGCCACAUACAUUAUCUUGAUGGUGAGCCUGAGUCAAGAGGCCAACAAAUGAUAGGAAAUGCAAUUACAGGCCACCUCUUCCAGUGAUACCUCUUUACCCUGGACAACAAAAAAUUUAUCCGUGUGAGCAUGAAAACCGUGUAUACAGUUUUUACUGUUUGUGGUGAACUUCUAAAUAUUUGACACAAUCCCUCAAUUAGCUCCCAUUUUCUCUGUCUUGAAAGGUAUAAUAAUAAGCAUUUUAGUUGCUUAAUAUUUUAAGCUACAUGUAAUUAAGACCAGCCUUAUCUCACAUUGCUGUAUCCAGUAUCCUGUAUCAGUGUGGUCCCUUAUCUGCCACAGCACUGCAAUAAUCAACUCAUUGUAUUAAGUAAGGGAAGUUAGAAAUCAUCAUAAUAAUCAUCCAUCAGAUCUUAUUGGGUGUGUAAGGCUAACUG